AUGAUGUUCCAAAUCACUGCCAUGCAAAUCCGAGAGUUGCCACCAGCGGCAACACAAGCCGACUUCAACAUUGUCAUUCAAUCGCACCGCAAUACACUUGAGUGUGCUACAAAGCUGCAGAAAGUGAUGCAUUUGGCGUUGAUGAUGCAGCUUACAUUCUGUAUUGCUAUUUGGUGUUUAAUGUUGUUCUACAUACUGUUUAUGGGCUUUUCAUCAAAAAUACUCAACGUUUCCCUGCUGCUUUUGAUACUCACCUACGAGACAUACUCGUACUGUCAACUCGGAACACAUUUCACCGAAACCGCAGACGAAGUCCUCAGUGCUUUACAGCAACUCACCUGGUACGACCAGCCCGUAUCGAUUCAGAAACAAAUUUACUUCAUGAUACAACACUCCCAACGAUCGAUCGUACUUAAAGCAGGCAAGCUUUUCCCAGUCAACAUUGCACAGUUUAGUGAGCUUGUGAAGAAAUCAUACUCGCUCUAUCUCGUUCUGAAGGAUGUUUUCUAA